GUCCCCCUUGUAACUUUCGCAUUCUCUCUGUAAGGGCGGUGUCGUCAGAGCUUGCCAGUUCAGCGCUAAUAAUCAACCGUUCCUACGAACAGCGAUGUCGCAAUAAGGCGUAUGGUGUUAUUCGCGUGCUUUGCGCAAGUGGGGACCGCAUGAAAGUCUGACUAUUCAGAAACAUGGGCGGCAAAUGGCUCAUACGUCUUCUAAGGGCACUGUUAGUUCUCUGCGUUUGCGCGCAAGUUGGAGCGGCGCAGCCGUCCAUCCUGGUAAACGAGGAUGGAAGCCAUGGACGCGAGCGUUCACUGCUCCAAGGCGCUAAUGCGUCAGCUGUCUUCGUGGUUGGCAACUAUGAUUCGCCUUUCUGGGCUAUCGUCGACCACGGCGUAAAUUUCCCGGACACCGAGGCAAAAUGGAUCUGGUCGUCUCCAUUUUUGGAGUUUAACACGUCGACAAACGAGUACUUCACGUUCUCGAUGGCCUUUGCCGUUGACAAUCUGACCAACGCUACGUUAUACUUGAUUGCCGACAAUGAAGCUGACGUCUACCUCGAUGGCGAGUUAAAGGGCUCCCAGCGCGGCGGUUGGUACACAUGGGGCGAAGUCAUGACGCCCAUCCAGCUGGCGCUGCAGCCCGGAGUCCACACCCUCAGUCUGCUGGGGGUUAACUACCCCUGCUACGACUGCAACAACCCAGCGGGUGUGCUGGCGGCCCUGAUGAAUGACAGCAGCAAUGGGGUUAUUGUACGGACGGACGGAUCCUGGUCUUGGACUUACAGUGGUGCCGAGGGUGACGUCCGCCUUGUCACCAGUAGCGGUCUGCUUCCUGACCAGCAGCAGGGCAUGGUCCAGAUCCUGCGGUCGCGCCGCUGGGUCAGCCUGCACCAAGACAACUGGGGCCUGCGGGAGGCGCGCGCCGCAUGCAGGCAGCUGGGCUGGGGAACCGGCAGCCCCGUCAUCAGCGCAGGGGCGCGGUACGGCAGCCGGCCUGAACCCGUGUACAGCAGCUGGUACUGGUACUGCGACUGGGGCAAGAACCGGCUGGCGGACUGCGGGGGCUUCUCGUGGACUCUGUCGUUGUUCGCGGAGAAUGGCACCGGGGUAAACCAGACCGCGGGUGUGGAUUGCCGCAACGACCCGCCCGCCCGCGACGGCGACCUGCGGCUGCUGGGCGACAAUGCCACCCUCAGCGGCGCCGGCGUCCUGCAGGUCUACUUCGCCGACACCUGGGGAUACUUCAGCAGCUGGGCCAGCUGGGACUACCUGGAUGCGCGCGCCGCCUGCAGGCAGCUGGGCUGGGAGACGGGUGCAGCGCUCGGGGACGCGGGGGCGCUGUACGGCAGCGCGGUGGUGGUGGGGCCCGUGUGGCGGCUGUACCCUUACUGCAGUUGGUGGGAUACCCGGCUGGUGAAUUGCUCGCUGGGCGGGGGCUACGACUACCUGGAGGCGACGGACGCGCGCGUGUUCAACCACACGGCGGGCGUGCAGUGUAGGAACGAGCUCCCCGGCCAGGGCCAGCUGAAGCUGGUGGGCAGUGACACGCCGGGCCGCGGCACGCUGCUGGUGUACCACGCGGGCGCCUGGGGCGCCAUCUCUUCCAGCUGGGACUGGCGGGCGGCGCGGGUGGUGUGUCGGCAGCUGGGCUGGACCAGCGGCGACCCCGUGACGAGCUCCAAGUACGGCAGUGCCUCGGGCCGGCUGCUGCGGACGUCGCUGCAGUGCGAGUGGGACAGCCCCAGCCUGUUCGAGUGCCCCAGGAGCUCAGACUUCGAGGACAAUGGCCUCAUCCCCGACGACUACCCCUGGCUGGCAGGCGUGGAGUGCCACAACGAGACGGAGGCUGUGCGCCUGAUGAGCGGCGGCCUGGACUCCCGCGCCAACGGCAGCGGGGUGGUGCAGGUGCUGUUCAGGGGCGUGUGGGGCGCAGUGGAGCAUAGCUACUGGGACUGGCGCGACGCGCGGGUGGCCUGCAGGCAGCUGGGCUGGACCACCGGCUACCCGGUGCAGGGGGCGGGGGCGGUGUACGGCAUCCCACCGGGAUCAGUGUACGGCGUAGGGUACGGCUGCGUGUGGAAUGAGAGCAGCCUGGCGGAGUGCAACCGGAACAACAACUUUGAUGUGUACACCACCGACAGCACCGGCUUCACAUCGCUGGCAGGAGUGCAGUGCGUCAAUGAAACGGAUGGGCCCGAGGGCGCACUGCGACUCACGGCCGGCCCCACCGCACUGUCCGGCACCGUGGAGAUCUGGUAUAACGGCAGCUGGGGCUCCGUCUACCAGUCCCGUUCCUGGGACUGGCGCGCGGCCCGGGUGGCGUGCCGGCAGCUGGGCUUCCUCAACGGCAAGCCGGUCUUCAACGCGGUGUACGGCAAGAGCAGGGGCCCUGUGUGGCUGACCGAGGUGGUCUGCAACGGCACGGAGGCGCGGCUGACGGACUGCCAGCGGCGGGAAUUCGGUGAUUACCAAUACUGGGGCGGCCACGACGGGGACGCGGGGGUGGAGUGCAGCAACGAUCCAGACCCCGAGGAAGGCGAAUUGCGGCUGGCAGGCGGAGCCACCGCCAACACUGGCCAGGUGGAGGUGUUCUACAACGGCAGCUGGGGAGCCGUGUGCGAAAACAGCUUCGACGUGUACGAGGCGGCAGUGGUGUGCAGGCAGCUGGGCUACUCCGGCACCCCCCGUGUGGAGCCGCUCCUGCCCGGCCGCCAGCGCCCCGCAUUUGUUGCCUGGCAGCUGGCGCCCACCUGGCUGGCCAACCUGCGCUGCCUCGGCAACGAGAGCCGCCUGAUGGACUGCCCGGGGGCCGAGACGCCGGGGCAGACCUGGGGCUGCAGCGCGGGCGUCGGAGUGACGUGCGGCCUGGACACCCUUCCCCCUGAGGGCUCCCUGCGCCUCAUCUCGCCCGAGGGCAACAACAGCCGGGGUCAGCUGCAGCUGCUGCACAACGGCAUCUGGGGCGUCAUCGAACACACCGGGUUUGACUGGUAUGCUGCCCGGGUGGCGUGUCGGCAGCUGGGCUUCCAAAGCGGCAAGCCCGUGGCUUACAGCGUGUAUGGAGGAGGCGAGGGUCUGCCCAUCUGGCUUGCCAACCUCCAAUGCGCCGGCAACGAGAGCCGACUGGUGGACUGCUCUCGCCCCUACCCCUUCCUGGACGACUGGCCUGUCUACCAGGGCAUUGAGGGGCACACGGCAGGGGUCAUCUGCUCGGCAGAUCCCAACCCCCCUUCCGGCUCCCUUCGUCUGGUUGAGGGCCCCGUACCCUGGGCGGGUCGGCUGGAGGUGUGGUCCGAGUUGGAGGACGCCUGGGGCACCGUGUGCAACAACGGCUUCAGCGACCAGGCAGCGCAGGUGGCGUGUCGGCAACUGGGCUACACGGGCGGCAGGGCUGUGGGCAUCGGCGCCUUCCACGCCGGCGCCAGCAGCAAUUUGUGGGGCAUGUACCAGCCCUUCGCGCUCAAUUCGGUGGUGUGCAGCGGGGGCGAGGGCGCGCUGGGGGAGUGCAGCUACGCGGAGGGCGCCCAGCCGGGCUGCUACUGGGACCAUACCUAUGAUGCUGCGGUGUGGUGCGAUGCGCCCGUGACAGGCAACGUCACCGCCCCUGGCUCAGUGCGGCUGCUGGGCGGUCCAGGGCCCUGGUCGGGCAGAGUGGAGGUCUACUACAACGGGACGUGGGGCUCCGUGUGCAACGGCGACCUCACGGCCUUGGACGCACAGGUCGUCUGCCGGCAGCUGGGCUACUACGGAGGCCGCGCUGCUCCUCGAACCAUGCUGCAGUACAGCUACGGCUACGACGGCCGCUCCUCCGCCCCCAUCUGGCUGGCCCGCCUCGGCUGCACCGGCAGCGAGACCGCCCUCGCGCAGUGCCCGGGUGUGGGCGGGCUGGGCAAUGGCUCCUCCUGGAACCCGCAGUCCUGCUGGCAGUACCACUAUUGGUCGGACGCGGCGAUCAUGUGUACCACAGCACCGCAGGGUGUGCUGCUGGACGCGCCGCUGGACUCCCCGCCUCAGGACUCGGAAAAGCUGGGAAGCCCCUUGCCGAGCCGCCUUGUCUGCCCUGACGAUUCCCUGCCCGGCGGCCUAGCCUUGCAAGUCGACAUGCCUCCCUUCGAAGGCAACGAAGCCGACAGCGCGGGCGUGGUAGGACUGCGCCUGCUCUGCUACCAGGACGGCGCCCUCCUCACCACCCUCACCUCCGACGCGCCCUACCCCUGGUCCAACACCGCUAGUUGGAGCAACAGCUCCUGCACGCGCGACCCGGCCACCGGUGCGAUGCCGUACAUCACGGCGGCGCGCGUGCGGGUGGCGGGCGAUGUGAACGACACCGCGAGUGCGGUGGACGCGCUGGGGGUGACGGAUGUGGAGCUGCAAUGCAGCGACGGCCAAGUCCUCUCUGAGACGGGGCUGAGCAACGGCACCUGGGGCGAGUGGGCGGCCUGCCCCCAGGGCACAGCGCUGUGCGGGCUGGGGCUGCAGGUCAAUGGCUGGCGAGGGUGGGGAAUGCAGGCCGCAAAUGAUGACACCGGGGUCACGGGCCUCAACGUGUCCUGCUGCGCACUGCCCCUGGGCUUCAACGCCGUCUACGGCUCCCGGCGCGUGCGGCUGGCCGGCGGCAGCACGCCGCAGGAGGGCCGCGUAGAGGUGCUCUCACCUGCCGACAACACCACGUGGGGCCUGGUGUACGAGGAGGGCUGGGACGCGCGGGAUGCUCAUGUCGUCUGCCGCGAGCUUGGCUGGAAGACGGGACGACCCGUGGGUCACGCCGGAGAGCUGUAUGGCGUGGGUCUCGGCCCUCUGCUGUACAUUGGCGUGGAUUGCAAGGGUGCCGAGUCCCGUCUGGCCGACUGUGCGGUGGGUGAGUGGCCCGCACCUGCUGACAACUACCAGCGCAGCUACUCGGCCGGUGUCAUCUGCAGCGCAGACCCUCCCCCUGAUGUGGGCACUGCCCGCCUGGUUGAGUUCCCGGGCAGCCAGGGCCCUUUGUCCGGGGUGGCGGGCCGCGUGGAGGUGUAUUGGAACUACACCUGGGGUGCCGUCAGCAUGGGGAGCACCUGGGACAACAAGGCGGCAACGGUGGUGUGCAGGUCGCUGGGUCACCGCUGGGGCCGCGCAGUCCCGGCCCGCGACUUGGUUCCGGACCCCGGCUACUCGCUCCCCGUGGUGGCGGUCAACGUGGACUGCAAGGGGGACGAGGCGUCCUUGCUGCUGUGUGCCUCGGAAGCCGGCUUCCAGACCACCUUCGACACCUACUCGCGCUACUACGACGCGGGCGCCAUCUGCACUAACGACACGAUACCUUCAUCUGGCUCGCUGCGUCUGAGCUACGGCGCCACCCCCGCGGAGGGCCGCCUGGAGGUGUUCCUCAACCUCACCUGGGGCCGCGUGGGCUCCUCCUCCUGGCAGUACGGCGGGAGCUGGCCUUACACCUUCGACCAUGCAGACGCGCGGGUGGCGUGCCGGCAGCUGGGCUACAGCGGCGGCUGGGCGGCCAACGGUGCCGGCUGGAGCGGCACGGACGAGGGCCCCCUGUGGCUGAGCGAUCUGACGUGUGCCGGCAAUGAAACGUCGCUGCUGGGCUGCCUGCCGGGCAGCAACAACAACACCUGGUUCCAGCACGAGACGUGGUGGCUGGGACAGGCGGGAGCGAUCUGCGAGCAGCAGGACGACCUGGCCGACGGCACCCUGCGUCUGGUGGGCAGCAGCCCCUCCGCGGGUCGGCUGGAAGUGGCGGUGGACGGCAUGUGGGGCACGGUGGACCCCACUGGCUGGGGCUGGGCGGAGUCGCUGGUGGCGUGCCGGGCGCUGGGCUUCAAGAGCGCCCUGGGCAUGGCGUCCGGUAUGGGCGAGGUGCCGCAGACCGGCACCGCCUCCACCUCCUUCUACCUGCCUGUGUGGCUCUCAGGCGUCAAGUGCAACGGCUCCGAAACCUCCCUGGCCUCCUGCCAGAACGGCACCUCCUACGGGCCCCCUUCCGGAAUACCCUACGGCCAACCCAACUCUAACGGCCGGCUGCUGCUGCGCUGCUCUCAGCAGGAGCCUCUCACACCGCUGUCCGUGCGGCUGACGGGCAGCCCCGUGCCGUACAUGGGCCGCUUGGAGGUGUACUGGGCGGGCUCCUGGGGCACCAUCUCACGCUCCACGUACUACGGCAGCUUUGAAGCUAGCUUUGGGGCUGUGGACGCGGCGGUGGCGUGCCGCAUGCUGGGCUAUGAGCCGCUGCACGGCAACACCUCCGACGUGCUGCGUGGGGACAGCUUUGGGGAGCCGUACUCCCUGGUCCCCGUGCACUACCAGCCAUUCGCCUGCAGCGGCACCGAGACAUCCCUGUGGGACUGCCCGGGCUACGCAGGACCCACAAACCACACGAGGCUGGGUGUCCUCAACGGCGAGUAUUGGACUGAGUCCGACUCGCACAGCUACGACGUGGGCCUGGCUUGCAAGCCGCCACCCAACGAUCCGGUGCGGUACUCACCGCCACCCCGGCCGCCCCCGGGACCUCCUUCCCCGCCCAAGCCCUCCCCUCCAUCUCCUUCGCCUAGCCUUCCUCUCAGCCCACCCAGCCCUCCGUCAGGCCCUCGUCCCCCACCACCUCCCAGCCCCCAGCCUCCCUCGCCUCCCCGACCUCCACGCCAGCCUCCCAGUCCACCCCAAUCCCCUCCGCAGCCCAGCCCGCCUCCUCCCCCUCCCAGCCCGCCUCCCUCCCCUCCCGCCCCGCCUCCCCCGCCCCCGGCCUUCGAGGUUCUGUCUGUGUCCCCCGGCCUGCUGCCGCUGGCGGGCGGCACCCUCACUGUGGCGGGCCGCUUCGAGGUGUGGCCGUCGGAGGAGCUAGUGACCUUCACCUGCGUGUUCACCCUGACGGACGCCUCCGGGGGCAGCAGGGAGGUGACCUCCAACUACACGGCGGAGCGCCCCUCCGUGUCCGUCAUCCUCUGCCCCGCCCCGGUGGCUCGCAGCUCCGCCGCCUACCUGCAGCUCAGCAUCGCCCGCAGCCCCGCGCGAUCCGGCAUGGGGGGCCUGCGGGAGGUGGUGGCCUACCCGGAGGUCAUCAGGUACUACGCGCCCUGCCCCGCCGACUGCAAUGACCACGGCAGCUGCCGACUGGGCGUGUGCAGCUGCAGCGAGGGCUGGACCGGGGAGGACUGCGGCACACCGGUACCGGUCUUCGCCAUCAACGGCCUGCAGAACGGCCCCAGCAACGGCGGGCGACAGGUGCUGCUGGAGCGCUCCGCCUGGACCGCCCAGCCCCUCCUCGCCAACCCCAUCCCCGCCACCUGGCUCCUCUCAACCGACCUGCCCGGCAUCACCAUCAACCCUACAACCGGCCAGUUAGACUGGCCUGCUGCGGUCGCCCCCGACACCUCCGCAUCGCCCCACCUGGUCGCCCUCACCGCGGUGUCGUACGCCGGAAAGGUGGCGACCUACAGCUUCUACGUCUCUGUCAUACCGUCUUACGGCAUCAGGGAGCUAAGGCUGCCGGGCGGCUCGAGGGCGGCUCCAGGCAGCCGGAUUGCCAUCCUGGGCCGGCUGGGCUGGAGCCAGGCGGCGAUUGCUGCAGGAACAGAUGCCAGCAGCCCGCUCCCCUCCCUGCCGGUGCUGGUGCUGGUGCGCCAGACCUCCCAGCUGGGCUCCUCCUCCUCUUCCUCCUCCUCCAGCAGUGCCUUCCAGGUGCUGCGGACCAACAGCAGCUCGGCUGACGGCGCAUUCACGCUGGAGGUGCUAGUGCCGCAGAGCAGCAUGGGCUCCCUGGACGUCUUCGCGCUGCACCCCGCCGCCACCCUGGACGACACCGCCCCCUCGCCCUCCCCCGCGGACGACCUGCCCCUCUUCCAGCGCCGCACGCAGCUGUCCGUGCCCUUCAUCGCCGCCGCCAUCAACCGGGACGCGGGCAACACCAGCAGCCAGCUGGACCCGCGGUUCGCCCAGCCCACCCUGUCGCUGGGUCCAGGCAGCAGUGCGCAGCUGGGGGAGUUUGCGCGCCUAGUAGGCUCUCUCGAGGACCUGACCUCCCUGGCCGUCACUGUGCGCACCCGCCUGGUCUCCUUCUCCGGACCUCCGCCCAGCCUCACAGUCAACGCCACCCUCGCAGCGCCUCCCGCGCCCCUCUGCACCUCCAACUCGUCCUCCAACUCCUCCAGCCCGGCCAUCUGCCAGGGCGUGCAGGACGCCACUGCCAGCUCGGCCCCCGGCAGUGCGGCGCUGCAGCUGCGAGUGGCGUCGGCGCUGGAACAGGGCUCGGGAGCGGCGGAGCUGGAGCUUGUGUUCACCCUGCGCGGCGGAGUGAGCAACGCCACCGCCACCCUGCUGCUGCGGGUGCUGGUGGACUCGGCGCGGGUGGAGCUGGCGGCCGACCCGGCGGGUCGCUUGUCCGUGGUGCUGCCGCCCGGUGGAGCCAGCAGCGUGCACCUUACCAUCACCAACAACGGCAACAUCGCGUCGGGGCCCUUGGUGCUGCCCCCCACACCUGCCGGCGGCUCCUGGCUCACCCCCACCACGCCCCUGCCCCUGGCUUCGCUUGCGCCCGGCGCCUCUGCCUCCCUAGAAUUCUGGAUAGCCGUGCCCUCGAGCGCCCGCCUGGGCGAUACCUUCUCCGUCAGUACCACCCUUUACAACAACGUGACCCGGGGGUCCGUGUCACUGGCGUUUGAGCUGGCAGUCGCCUCGGAGCCGCUGGGCAACCUGGAGGUGACGGUGGUGGACGAGUACACCACCUACGACCCAGCGCAGCCCCGGGUGGCUGGGGCCCGGCUGGUGGUGUGGUCGCAGGACGGCAGCACCAUGAUUGCCAGCGGCACGACGGGUGACAACGGCACCUUCACCUUCCCCAACCUGACGGCUGGUUACACAUACGCGGUGGACGCCUUCGCCGCCAACCACACCUCGGCCCGCCGCACUGUUACCAUCACGGGCGGCGCUCGCAGCCUGCGCAUCUUCCUGUCCCGCAGCGCCGUGCGCGCCUCCUUCGCCGUGGUGCCCACCACCUUCCAGGAGGUGAUCGACAUCGUGGUCAACGUGGAGUACCUCACCUUCGUGCCCAUGCCGGUGGUGCGCAUGGAGCCAGCCCUGCUCUACGUGGAGGACAUGCUGGAGUCGCGCACGCAGCAGUUGCGCAUCAUCAACACGGGCCUGGUGGCGGCGUUUAACGUUCGCAUUAGCGUGCCUGUUGAUAGCCCGUACUACACGUUGGGCCUGCAGGGCGCUCGCUGGCUGCAGCAGGAGAACACCACCCUGGAGGAGCCGGCGGACGUGAUGGUGUCGGACACAGACGACUUCUCCUCCUCCUCCUCCGGCACCUCCUCCUCCUCCGCCGCCCUCAGCCUGACCAGCGGCACCCUGUACGUGCUGCUAGGCCGCAUGCCCGCCAUGAGCGAGCUCGUGGUGGAGCUGAGCGUGGCAGCCAAGCAGCUGGACAACAACAACAGCACCACCACCGCCACCGGGGCGCAUCGGCGGGCGCUGCAGGGAUCCAGCGCGUGCGGCUGGGCGGCACAGAUCGGCGUAGUGUGGUCUGACCCCUGCGACCCGGAGAGAAGCCGCGCCGGCGCCACCUCCAUUGUCAGCAGGAGCUUCCACCCCAGCUGUGGCUGCACCGACUGCUCGGGCGGCUUUAUUGAUGCGAUGGUGGUGUACGGCAGUGCGACCACCGGCAGUACAGUGGAGCUGAACCUGUGCGACCAGUGCGCCACCGACUGGUUCGAUGUGGGCCUGUGUCUGGCCAAGGACAUCAUCGCGCCCUGGAGCAAGCCCGCGGGUGACGUCAUCGACAUCAUCCGCCGCAUACGCUCCCUGUCAAAGGGCGGCUCCCGGCGGCGCUCACUGCUUGCUGACGGCAUGGCGCUGCAGGGCGACGCCGGGCUGCCCCUGCCCCUGCUGGCGUCCGGGCAGCAGCAGCAGCACUCCGCCCUGCUGGCCGUCGCUGACGCUACUCAGCAGCACCAGCGCAGCCUGAGCGAGUGGUUGGAGGAUGACGCACAGGAGGAGCAGCCGUCUUGGGAGGCGGCGGUUGACCCGGUGGUUGUCCGGAGGUCACUGCAGUCCAGCGGUGGGGGAGGCGGUGGCAUGUCUGGACCGUCUUCAAUCAUCGUGGACAUCAUUAAGGACAAUACCGUGGGCCGCAUCCCCUAUUUGGGCUGCCUGCUAGACCCGCUCCUGGACUGCCUGGGGGUCUGGGACUACCUCAACACCAAAGUCGGCGACGCUCUGACGGCUCUAAACGCUGGGAUCACGGGGCACCACAGGCGCAGCCUGCUGUCAGACGACCCCGUUUGGACGCCCCCCAGAUCCACCCUGCCGCCGCUGCAGCCCGCCCUCGUCAUCCCGCUGGACGUCUCCCUCAGGCCGCCGCCCCCGUUCGCAGUGGUGGUGACGCCCAGCAACACCUCGUCCGCCACCGAAAGGCAGCGGCGGCUGCAGAGCUCCUCGGGCGGCUCGCUGUACGUGCCGCCAGAGGACCGACAGAGCCACAUCAUGGAGAGCCCCGCAGGUCAGGAGAUUCUCCGCUGGGCUGCUUCCAUCAUCAACCUGCAUGCCGCGGGCGCCGAGAUGUGGGGCCUGGAGCACUACAUGGAGUGGAUGAACCCGCAGUUCCCCGCCGACGUGGAGGCCCAGUGGCGCACCGCCUGGGAGGCCGCCACCUCGGACACCUCCCCCUCGGGCGCCCUGGUGGACUGGACGGCGGAGGCACCGCAGCUGCUCAGCGAGCAGUUCGCCCCGCUGGUCAACGUGACCGCCCGGCAGGCGCUCAUCGAGCGCUGGAACGCCACCUUCGCGCAGCAGCCCGGCAACUCGGCGCCCACCAUCAACCUGGAGCGGGUGGACCGAGCGCAGCAGAGCUACCUCAACGACACCCUGGCAGCGCUGGAGCAGGGAUACGCCAGUGUGUUUGAUGCCCUCGACCAGAGUAUCGGCACCCUCAUCGCGCCCUACGUGGCCGGUACCGCGGGCGGUGGUGCCACGUGCGCGCGUGUGGUGGUGCAGCUGAGUCAGCAGCUGGUGCUGACGCGGCAGGCGUUCGAGGCAUCCCUGGAGCUGGACAACAGCGGCGGCGCCAGCAGCCUGAGCAACGUGACAGUGCAGCUGACGGCCUGGGUGAAGGACACUGGGGAGGCGGCCGGGAACGCGUUUGCGGUGGGGCUGCCGACUGUUGAGGGCAUGACCACCGACGAGAGCGGCCUGGUGCUCCCCGCUGGCGGUGUGAGCAGCAUGCGGUGGCUGCUGGUGCCGCGAGAGGCUGCAGCGCUGCAGGCGGACACAUGGUACUACGUUGGAGGCCAGGUCACUUACAUCCCCGGUCCCGGUCUGCCCGCCGAGGUGCUGCCGCUGGAGCCGGCUGACGUGCGUGUGUCGCCCGAGGGCCGGCUGGAGGUGCGCUACUACAUCGAGAAGGACGUGCAGGGCGACAACCCCUUCACCCCCGCCGUGGAGCCCAGUGUGCCCGCCGCACUGGUCACCCUGCUGCACAAUGUGGGCAGCGGGGUGGCGCGGGGGUUGGCCAUGCAGUCGCUGCAGCCCAAGAUUGUGGAGAACGACAAGGGCCUCAUGAUCAGCUUCAACAUCGUCAACGUCACCGUUAACGGCCUGCCGGCGCCAGCUGCUCUCCAGGCGUCAGUGGGCGACAUGCAGCCGGGCAGCACGUCCAUGGUGCAGUGGUGGAUCACCGCAUCGCUGCAGGGUACCUUCUCCGGCAUCAACGCCACCUUCAGCAGCCGCAACCCGCUCAACGACCCCACCCUCAGCACCGUUACCAACGUCACGCUGUACGACCUGCUGCACCUCGUGCACCUGGGCGGCGUCGCUGACGACGGCCUGCCCGACAUGCUGGUGUCCGCCCACUCGGGCUUCACCACCCCCGCCGCCAUCCACAGCAGCCGCGACGGCGCUAUCCUGCCGGUCUCCGUGGUGCCCUCCGCCGCCCUCACCAACAUCUCCACCAGCGGCCCCAGCGGCGCCCUCACCCUCACCAUCAGGGUGGACGGAACGCAGCUGACAGCGCCGCCUGUGUCGGCUGGCGGCAGCACUGGCAGCGGGUGGCAGUACCUGCGGAUCAGCAGCCCCCCGGCCCUGCAGCCCAGCAGCAGCUGGGUGCUGCGGUCCGCCACAGUUGCACCUGCGGCUGUAGGUGUCGCUGUUGCUGCUGCUGUUGGUCAAAGUGGCGGUGCGAAGCUGAACCUGCCGUACAAUGCAUGGGCUUCAUAUCGCGUGUACGGCUCUGAUGCGGCAGCUCAGGAUUACGUCCACAUCUUGUACGAUGGGUACAGCUUGACAGGGGAGACGGUGCUCACGUUGGCGUUUGAGCUGGCAAGUCAACUGCCGUCUGAAUCUCAAACGCCCCCUCCCAGCCCUCAAGUCCCUUCCGCAAGCCCUCCGCUUCGUCCUCCCGAACCAGCGCCAACACCCUCUGCAAACCCUCUCCCACCUAAUCCGCCCUAUCCGCUGCCGCCCUCGCCUUCCCCUCCGCCACCACCCUCGCCUCAGCCUCCACCACCCUCGCCGUCCCCUCCGCCACCACCCUCGCCUUCCCCUCCACCUCCUUCGCCUUCCCCUCCACCACCACCUUCGCCUUCCCCUCCGCCACCACCCUCGCCUUCCCCUCCGCCACCACCUUCGCCUUCCCCUCCACCACCUUCGCCUUCCCCUCCGCCACCACCUUCGCCUUCCCCUCCACCACCCUCGCCUUCCCCUCCGCCACCACCCUCGCCUUCCCCUCCGCCACCACCCUCGCCUUCCCCUCCGCCACCACCCUCGCCUUCCCCUCCGCCACCACCCUCGCCUUCCCCUCCGCCACCACCCUCGCCUUCCCCUCCGCCACCACCCUCGCCUUCCCCUCCGCCACCACCCUCGCCCUCCCCUCCACCACCACCUUCGCCUUCCCCUCCACCACCCUCGCCUUCCCCUCCACCACCCUCGCCUUCCCCUCCGCCACCACCCUCGCCUUCCCCUCCGCCACCACCCUCGCCUUCCCCUCCACCACCCUCGCCUUCCCCUCCGCCACCACCCUCGCCUUCCCCUCCGCCACCACCCUCGCCUUCCCCUCCGCCACCACCCUCGCCCUCCCCUCCACCACCCUCAUCUUCCCCUUCGCCACCACCUUCGCCUUCCCCUCCGCCACCACCCUCGCCUUCCCCUCCGCCACCACCUUCACCUUCCCCUCCACCACCCUCGCCUUCCCCUCCGCCACCACCCUCGCCUUCUACUCCGCCACCACCUUCGCCUUCCCCUCCACCACCACCCUCGCCUUCCCCUCCGCCACCACCCUCGCCUUCCCCUCCGCCACCACCUUCGCCUUCCCCUCCACAACCACCCUCGCCUUCCCCUCCGCCACCACCCUCGCCUUCCCCUCCGCCACCACCCUCGCCCUCCCCUCCACCACCACCUUCGCCUUCCCCUCCACCACCCUCAUCUUCCCCUUCGCCACCACCUUCGCCUUCCCCUCCACCACCUUCGCCUUCCCCUCCACCACCCUCGCCUUCCCCUCCGCCACCACCUUCGCCUUCCCCUCCACCACCACCCUCGCCUUCCCCUCCGCCACCACCCUCGCCUUCCCCUCCGCCACCACCCUCGCCUUCCCCUCCGCCACCACCUUCGCCUUCCCCUCCGUCACCACCCUCGCCCUCCCCUCCGCCACCACCCUCGCCUUCCCCUCCGCCACCACCUUCACCUCUUCCUUUACCCCCACCCUCACCGCCGCCUCAGCCUCCACCCUCACCCGUCCCUCCGUCCUUCUCCGUCCCCACCAAGCCCACCCCCCUCACCUCCACCCAGCCCCCAACUACCCUCACCACCCAGCCCUCCACCUCCACCUCAUCCGAGCCCUCCUCCCUCUGAGUCGCCCGCCUCGCCCCUGGAGCCCGGAACGCCAGGAAACCCGCCCGAUGCGCCGCCUUCAAUCCCCGAGCCACCCUCAAUGCCACCGCCGCGCAGCCCCAAGCCUCCACGGUCGCCUCCCAAGCCCCCAAGGCCGCCACCAAAGGCUGCGAAGGCCCCUAAGACCCCCAAGGCGCCCAAGCUUCCCCCGUCGCCUCCAGCGCAUCCGCGCCUCCCUAUGAGUCCCCAACCUCCUCCACAGCAACCCCCCAGCCCUCCCCCACCGCCUCCAAGCCCCUCGCCACCACCUCCUAGCCCCUCUCCAUCGCCGCCUAGCCCUUCGCUCCCACCUCCCAGCCCCCCACCUCCGUCACCUGAGCCCCCACUCAAGCCUGCCAUACCGCCACCUCCGAAGAAGGGUAACAAAAAGUCACCUCCUCCUCCUAACCAGCAGUCUCCUCGACCGCCCCCCAAAGCCCCCAAGUCUCCCAAAGCCCCCAAGUCUCCCAAAGCCCCCAAGGCCCCCAAGACCUCUGGAUAACCGAUAAGUGGAACCCCCUUCUCUAGCAGACAGCUAACCUAGUAGCAGCCUCAGCCAGCCUUGCCUUGGACUCGAAGAAUCCUGCUGGUUCCCAUCUAAUACCUCCUUUUGUCAGGAAACAAUUCAACUGUGAACACACAUACAACUUUGUGGCUGGGUGCUGUUCUCCUGAGGCAGGCAAGGGUACUGCAUGCUUGCCAGUGCAGGCAGGGGUGAUACAUGCGACCUAAAGAAGGCUGUAGCUGUGAUUGCGCUGGGUGGUGUUGGUGGUGCAGAGGCAUCGGGUCGCCCUUGUAUUUUAAUACGGCGCGUGUAAGCACGAAAACAUUUGUGAGCGUGGGC